AUGGCGUGUUUCUGCAAGCAUCUUGAUCAACUGAUUGAUAACUUUGACCCGUCCUCCACCGCGCGUCUCGCUUCCAGCCUGAACAAGCAUCUCGAAGCGAUCCGUUCCAUCCUCGCCAAGAAUAAAUCCCUCUCCAAGGAGGUUCGGUACCAGGUUAUUCCGAGUAACCAGCGCACGGCCAAGAUUCUGUCGCUGCAGUCCAUCACUUUUGACAGGGUUAGGAAACUGCACGAAACUCUUCAGAAUGACACAAAGGCCUUUUGGGCGUCAAAUGAUGAUUCGUCACUUCAGGAGCUGAGGAGACGGGUUGCAUGUAUGACGAUAUUUUUGAGAUCAAAGAUUAACGAUGAUGCUUGGAUCGCUGAGGAUGUUGCUGCUGUUGCCAAGGGGAGGACAUUAUCCGAGCUGAGAUAUGCCGGGAGCAAGUAUAUCAAAAUUGCCAGGAAACUUGGGGGAGUUGGAUCAAUUCUUUGGCUUCCUUUGGAAGUGCCCGCGUCAACAUAUGAGAGGUACUUGAAUAUGGAUGAUGCAGAAGCAUUCGAACAUCUGAAGAAUGUUGGGUCCGAGGCUCCCGAUUUGACCUUACUCCACACUCACGCUAUCCUUUCGUAA